UUUUUUUUUUUUUUUGUGAAAAACCAACUCAAGUAGCAUUGCAAUGUGGAAGUCGACGACUGGACACGAUCUCAAGGUCGAUAUGCCCGAGGAAGAGGCCUGGGAGACGGACUCUGACUUUGUGAACGACGUCUCGGAGAAGGAGCAGCGAUGGGGCUCAAAGUCCGUUCAGGGCUCUGGCAAGGCGUCCGCGCCCGUCGACUUGGCUGCCAUGCGUGAGACUACUGCAAAGUCGCACGAGGAAAAGAAGAAGGCUGUCGUCCCCAACUUUGCUGCUGGCUACGGCGGCAAGUUCGGUGUCCAGAACGACCGCAAGGACAAGAGCGCCCAGGACUGGUCUUACGAGGGCAAGACCGAGGCUCACCAGUCGACCACCGACUUUGCCAAGGGUUUCGGCGGCAAGUACGGUGUCCAGAGCGACCGCAAGGACAAGAGCGCCCAGGACUGGUCGUACGAAGGCAAGACGGAGGCGCACGAGUCGACCAAGGACUUUUCCAAGGGCUUUGGCGGCAAGUACGGCGUUCAAAGCGAUCGCAAGGAUGCCAGCGCCAAGGGCUGGGAUGAGCCAGAGAAGGAAAAGCCGGCUGUUGCCGGCAAGCCACAGGUAGCAGCGCCAUCGAGCGGUGCCGCUUCGGCUCGCAGCAAGUUCCAGAACCUUGCUUCCGCCGGUACCGACGACUCACAGGCCAAGAUUGAGGCUGAGCGCAAGGCCCGCCAGGAGCGCGAGAAGGAAGAGAAGGCUGCCGCCCAGAAGGCCAACGCUGAGCGUGCCGCUGCUCGCCAGAAGGCUGAAGCCGCCGAGGCCGCCGCAGCUGCUGAGGCUGCUGCUGCUGCAGAGGCUGCUGCCGCCGCUGAGGCCCCCGCCGAGUACGAAGACGUCGAGUCCUCUCAUCAGGAGGCCCACUAUGAAGAGCCAGCUGCCGAGGCGUACGAGGAACCCGCUGCCGAAGCAUACGAGGAACCCGCCGAGGCCCCCGCUGAGGAGCAGUACGAAGAGCCCGCCGCCGAGGAGCAAGCGUACGAGGAUGUCGCGUCCUCCGAGCCGACUGGCGACGUCUUCACUGUCACGACCCUCUACGACUACCACGAAGGUGGCGAUGACGAGCUUGCCUUUGAUGCUGGCAUUACCAUCGAGAACGUCACUGAGGUUGCUGAAGGCUGGUACCAAGGCGAUCUUGACGGCAAGACUGGGCUCUUCCCCUCAAACUUUGUUGAGCGUGUUUAACCAUGGUGCGCACCAAUUGUCCAACAAGGCAACCAGCCAGGUUCUUGGGGUUUCUCUCACAAACCCAACCAAUGACCAGUGCUGGGACGUGCGGGCUGCGUUGGCAGUUUUUUGUAAAAACCUCUGAAAAUGUGUUUGUUGGGUGUUUUUCCGUCAUUUUGUCUUCUUUCAAAACGAGUAAAUUUCACAUUUGAUUCUUC